GAAGCAACGCAGGUUCUUGUUUGAUCACGAAACCGCUCUUGAUCCGGCAAACGAAUAAAUGGCUUCCGUUAACUUGAUAUCCAUUGAAUCGUUUAGCUCCGAAGAUCCGCACUAUCCAGCAUCAAAUCUUCUCAAAGCGGGCAACAAAAAAUGGAAAUGUCGCGAGGCAGGAGAAAAGAACGCCUUUGUAGUGAUUCGUCUAGAGGAACCGGUUCGCAUCAGUGGCAUCGACAUCGGAAACGAGCAUUCGGCGUUCAUCGAGGUACUGGUGGCUCGCAGCGGUCCAAGCAAUCCCGACUUCACCGAAAUACUUCUUAGCACCCGGUUCAUGGGCCCGGUGGAAAGUCGAAACUCUACCUCCCCGAAUGGGGUGCAGAUUUUCAACAAAUCCACGUUGGUUCCAUCGGCGGCCGAUGAUCGGUGGGACCUGGUGAAAAUUAUCUGCACACAGCCUUUCAAUGCACGCGUCAAAUAUGGGCUCACAUUCGUGACCAUUCGCACUGCCAGCGGCGAAAGAAAAGAGAAAAGCCUCGUCCCCGAGAGGUUUCAAAAGCAAAUCAAGGAAGAAGCGGAAAAGCGACACGAUUCGAAUGUGAUCAGCUUCGGACGAUUCAAACUGCGUGAGGAUUCACCGGACUCGGAUGGUGGGGAAGCAGCUGGCGGAUCGCUGAAUGUGUUUGCUCGAUGGAAGGAAAAGCUAAAACCGAACACACUCAGUGUGACCACUUCCGUCAGUGCGUUGAUGCGCGAUUCGGUGACACCGGAAGCAGUGAAGAAAAACGUUCCCACACCAGGGAGUGUACGAAGCGUGAAUACUCCGCGUCCGAAACCCCAGCGUUUCGAUAGCAGCGAUGAAGAUGCGAAUUUACACAAAGGCAAAGAUAAACCGAAAGCGAAUCGUAACAGUGUCGCCGUACUGUACGACGAAGAAGACGAAAAGCCGGACAACAAGUUUAAUGACAGUAUGGCACGCUAUCAAACUGCGGAACAGAAACAAGAAAAGCAGAGAGCUGGGCCCAAGGAGGCUGUUGUUUCGAAAAAAUCUUCCAAACUACACGAUGUAUCCUCGUCCAAGUUUAGAGAAUUCCUCGACCUAACCGGGCAAUCGAUGGAUCGCGAUCCCAAACGAACGGAGGAGAAAAAUAAACCAAAGGUGGUUGAAAAACCGCCCAAGGCUUCUCAUUCUUCUCCGCCUGCAAAACGAAUGGAGGAAAUUAGUAAACCGAAGCAGGUUGAAAACCCGCACCGACCAUCCUAUUCUUCUCCGCCGUAUGAUAAAAACAAAACUCCCGUGAAGGUAUCUACGAAUGUGCGUACACCAGCUUUGCCGAUUGAAAGAGAGUUGGUACCGAAGAAAAGGUUGUCUUCACCAAGCCCAACUAGUAAAGGUUCUGAGUCUUGUUCACCAUCGAGUAAAAAACCGAAGUCUUCUUCACCUCCGGUAAAAUCAGACGAAGAGGUACUAAAACGUGUGCAGUACAAACCGUUUGGAAGACUGCUUGAAAAUGUGGUGCUGGUUAUAAGCGGAAUACAGAAUCCCGAAAGAGGAACCAUCCGUAACCAAGCACUGGCGAUGGGAGCGAAAUACAAACCGGACUGGGAUUCUUCGUGUACCCAUUUAAUAUGUGCUUACAAAAAUACACCAAAGUACAACCAGGUUCGAGGGAAGGGGAAAAUAAUAAAAAAAGAAUGGAUCGAAUGCUGCUACAACAACCGGAAGCGUUACUCCUGGCGUAAGUUCGCAAUCGAUACCGAUGAAGCCAAUGUAUCCGAUUCGGAAGAUGAGAUUGUAGAUAUUACUAAAAAGCCACCCGAACCAGUGUCCUCUACGGACGCGAGAGUGGAGGAUCAGGACGAUGAUGUUGUUGAAGUAGAAGAACCGGUAAUGCUUCACGAACUGGUUGAGUCCGAUUCAGACGAUGGGGCUGCUCGUGGCACCCGCGUGUACGAUGUGAGCACAGAAGACGAAGGGGAUGCCAAUGAUGAAAAUUCGAAUAAUGAAUUUUUCAAAGAUAAAACGUUUUAUCUGGACUCGGAACUUGCAGCCGUUGAUGUUAUCAAAUUGGAGAAAUACAUUCACUCCCAUAAUGGGACUCUUUCAAAGGUCCUGCAGGAUGUGGAUUAUGUUAUUACUCGCCAAAAGCACAAGUUACCCCCCAGCAGUAAGGCGAAGUUAGUGAAACCGCUAUGGAUAUAUGAGUGUGGCGAAAUGGAAUGUCUCAUUCCCAUAGAUCGAUAUCUGGUGUAGGUAACACCGAUUUGUUAAUAAACGCAUGUUGAUUUAUUGUGACCAAUCGAAUCUAGAAAUCAGCGAUCGAAAUAAUAAUAAAGUGAUUUUUUAUUCAAAUGUA